AGCAGUUGAACGGCGCAUGCGCAGAGGUUUCGCACACUGUUUGAAAUGAACAAGAAGGACGCCUGAGUUGAAAGACGUAUUUUUUUUUUUUUUUUAUCUAACAUCGGAAACAACGAGCGGGAGGGACGAACAUCCACGGAAUAAAGACAAUGGGUGACCUCGAACGCAUCAGCCUUCAUGUUCAUGAUAAAAUCUCAGCCUUGCAGAGAAUGUUGGACCUGUCAGCUGCUGAAUUGCCUCAGCAGAAAAUAAAAAAACUGGGACAGGAACUAUUGGUACUUGGCAGACUUAUGGAGGAGUUUGAACACUGUGUUGAUCAACAGAAAGAGCAGCUGAAGCAUCUGAAGGACCUUGAGAAGUUCUUCCAGGUGAACGUGGAGGUUGUUCAGCAGAUGAAGGACAACAUACCAGCUCACAUUCCUCACAGAAAAGGCCCCGUCAGUGGAAAUGAUGCUGUGAUGAACCAGAACCAGGCAGAAACUGUUAAGAGGCCCAGCAGGACCGUGGUUAAAGAGAUGGAAUAUGUCACCGUGCCGGAAUUUGAGAGCAUUCCUCAGUACAUGAGAGGACGGGUGACAUAUGAUCAGCUGAACGUUGUGGUGGACAGCUUUAACACUGCUUUGACAGCCAAGUACAAAAUCCUCAGCCAGUCCCUGAAGACCCUCAACAACCAUUCACGCAAGCUGCAGGAGCGCUUCAAAAACCAGGAAACCAAAGAUACAAAAGGUUGGUAUUUUAUUGUGGAGGAUGACAUCCGUGAAUUCACUCAGACGAAGGUGGACAAGCGUUUUCAGGGGAUGCUGAACAUGCUGCGACACUGCCAGCGCCUGCGGGAGCUCAGAGGAGGAGGACUGGUCCGUUACGCCCUGUCAUGAUCCUCAUAGAAUCAGUUUUAUAUCUAUUCUCAGCAUCUGGCUGUGAGUUAAACACAUUAUACAUACACAGGUUUUGUUUUUAACCUUUUGAUGGAUACACAUUAAACAGAAUAAAACUUUGUCACAUUAGUUGUUUUUAAGACUUGUGCUAGUUUGUAAAAUAAAAGUUGGCUUUAUAUAAAAUUCAUACAUCUGUGUAAAAAUAUUUGUUCUAUAACAAAAAUGUAUUUUUAUCUGUUUUAUUCUAGUGAUGGGCAGUUAAUAGUUUGUAAGUUAGGGUAUUUAAUAUCUUUCCUGUUGCAGGUAGGCCUGUCACGAUAACAAAUUUUUCUGGGCGAUUAAUUGUCUCACAAAUUAUUGCGAUAAGCGAUAAUAUUGCCUGAUUAGGCUGACCCCUCCACUCCUGAACAGGAGGCUCGUGUGCAGCGGAGCACAGAGAGGGAGAGAGAGGAAGUAAACAAACAAGCAGGAAAAUGAAACUUAUCGUCCUCAUUUUUUUACCGACCUCAAAAAAAAUUAUCGUGCAAUUAAUUGAUUUAUUGUCUAUCACGACAGGCCUAGUUGCAGGUAGCUCUCUGAACAACCUCAGUUUAAAUGAACUGUUUAAUUCUGACAGGAUUGAUGAGGAGCACACUAAGGUCAAACUAAAUGUAACAAUUCGUAAGAGUAAACUAUUUUAUCCAAGCCUGUUUUAAAAUGUCAAUAAUCAUGUUCCCACCAGCUAGUAAGUAGUAUCCCAAAAGGUUUUUGCUUUGUGUAAUUUCUUUUUGUUUUGACCAGUAAACUUAGUAAAUUGUCUUUAACAUGU